AUGCCAUCCUGCAGCUUAGUCGGAGAAGUAAGUUCUGUUACGUCUACGUACAAGUGGGUGAUCAAAAACUUCUGCACCGGUUGCAAAAGCGUUGACGACCGUUUAAUAUCCUCUGAAUUCCCGAUAUUUAAUGCUGGCGUUAAAACUCUGUGGCUGCUGGAGCUCUACCCAAAGGGUAGUAACGAUUCUUCUAAAGAUUACUUGAGUCUCUUCCUCUAUAAUUUGAGCAAAGCAACUAUCACGAUAAACGUUUCCUUCGCCAUACUCAACGCCAAAAAUGAAGUUGCGUUCUAUAAGAUUUUCAGCAAACAAUCAUUAGACAAAGUCUCGUGGGGGUAUCCUUGCUUUGUAUCUCGCGAUUAUGUCACGAACAUGGAGAACAAGAUUUUGGUUGACGAUGAACUAACAGUCAUCUGCGAGAUAUUGCUUAACCCGAUCAAAAGAAAAGAUACCUUGAAAAUGGAAGAGGAAAACGAAGACGAUGAACCCGAGACUGAUGACGAGACAGAGGAAAAUAAAAACAGUCUGCGACUGUUGGAAUUCGACACGUUCGAGCGUCUAAUCACAGAGGAAGAUAAGUUCAGCUACGUGACUUUAAAAAUCGGUAAACAGACCUGGAAAGCUCACAAGUGUGUCCUGGCCAAGAGAAGUUCUGUUCUCGCCACAAUGUUUCAGGAGGACAUCAAGGACAGCGUCGUGAACAUCGAGAACGUCGAGCCAGAGGUGUUCAUGGAGUUUCUGAGAUAUGUAUACAGUGGAAAAGUCAACGACAUCAAGGAGAUCGCAAAAGAAUUACUGAUUUUGUCGGAAAAAUACAAACUGGAUACCCUGUUUCAAAUCUGCGAGACAACGCUAUCCAAUGACCUGGAUGUUAGCAAUGUGGUGAAGAGACUCAAACUUGUCCACACAUAUAAAGCUUUAAAUUUGAAGAAGACGGCUGUGGAGUUUGUUAUUUCCAAUGCAAAGGAUAUUGUUGUUAUCCCAGAUUUCAAAGAAUUAAAAGAUGUACCGGAUGUACUGUGUGAAAUACUGCAUAGCAUGGUGAAACGUGAUACUAAUGAAGAAUAA